AGGAAGAGGCGGUGUUGAGAAAGGUGCGAUGAAGAGGAAGAGGAAGAGACCGUUAAGAGGUGUUGAGAAAGGUGCGAUGACUUCAUCUACGAAUGAUACUGUUCCGGUGGUGGUCGAGAGCUCUAUCACCAUUGAUGCGCCAACCAACCAUAGUCCAUCCGUCGCUAUAACCUUUCCUUCCCGAUCUAUCGGCUUAUUAUCCCUUAUAUUUGGUCCAGUACAACGGUCAAUGGCUUCUCUUCAUAACCUGUGGACCAACUAUUACCCGCCGGGAGCAUUUGGGGAAGAAAGUGCACUCAUGCCCGGAUCCGAUCUUAACUUCAUAAUUAUCGGCUUACUUGCUUUUCUAGGAAUCAAGGCGCAAGGAAAUACUGGAUUUCCUUUCCAAACGAACCCUAGGACCACGAUGGUCUCCGUCAGCAGUCUCAUAACGUUUGCCGUAGCUUCCUCAGCCAAACACGUCUUUUCUGUUGGACGUCCUGCUCUCACUUCCAUUUAUACUGUUGUUGCUCGCUUGGGAAGGAUGGUUUCUUUGGUAACUUUGGUAGGAUCCUUGACACUUCUGUUAUAUUUAUGAUUAUACGAUAUUUUUAUUCAUAUUUGACAUCUCUUUUAGUUGGUCUGCACUGCAUUAUAUCUAUCCUGUUUGUUCAAAAUUUAAGACCCUGUCUUCAUACUAUUGGAGUAUUAGUGUGUUAGGGUAGUUUGGUAAGUUCUAUUCGUAUUGAGUUAGUAUAAAUAGGUGUCUAUGUAUGGAUCUCAUUUAUGUAAGCAAUACAUUCGUCUGUUUCUAUUUUCCUAAUUUGGGAACUGAUAUAUUUAAGACCCUGUAUUCAUACAAAGAUGAUGUUAUCAAUUAGGGGCAAGACUUUGAG